AGGCAAGUGCAGAGACUCUCUUCUGGAAUGAAUCAACAUGGGAAACAAAUCAAUCUGUGGUGACUGAAUUUAUUUUAAUUGGACUCUCUGAUUCUCGGGAACUUCAGAUCUUUCUGUUUGCAUUCUUUUUUGUUUUCUAUGUAGGCAUUGUGUUUGGAAACCUUCUUAUUGUCAUAACUGUGACCUAUGACUCCCACCUCCACUCUCCUAUGUACUUCCUGUUGGCCAACCUCUCAUUCAUAGAUUUGUGUGUGUCCUCUGUCACAGCUCCAAAGACUAUUGCUGAUUUUUUCUACAAACACAAAGUCAUUUCUGUCAAGGGCUGCUUUACACAAAUAUUCCUCCUUCACUUUUUUGGGGGGAGUGAGAUGGUGACCCUUGUAGCCAUGGCCUUUGACAGAUAUGUAGCAAUCUGUAAGCCUCUAAGCUAUACUACAAUUAUGCGUGGCAAUGUAUGUGUUAGCAUUGUGGCUACUGCAUGGGGAAUUGGCUUCCUACACUCAGUGAGCCAAUUGGCCUUUGCAGUGAAGUUACCUUUCUGUGGUCCCAAUAAGGUUGACAGUUUUUAUUGUGACCUUCCUAGAGUAAUCAAACUUGCCUGUGCAGACACAUAUAGGUUAGACAUCAUGGUCAUUGCCAACAGUGGUGUGCUCAGUGUGUGUUCUUUUGUCUUGCUAAUCAUCUCCUAUGGUAUUAUUCUAAUGACCAUCCAGCGCCGCCCUUCUGAUAGGUCAUCUAAGGCUCUGUCUACACUGACUGCUCAUAUCACAGUCGUUCUUUUGUUUUUUGGACCUUGCAUCUUCAUUUAUGCCUGGCCCUUUCCCAUCAAGUCAUUAGAUAAAUUCCUUGCAGUGUUUUAUUCUGUGGUUACUCCUCUCUUGAACCCCAUUAUAUACACACUGAGGAACACAGAGAUGAAAACUGCCAUGAGACGUCUGAGACAAUGGAAUUUCAACCUUUGGUUGAAGUCGUAGAUCUUCUGUAGCCAUGAGAUUGAGAUAAA